AUGGACUCGGCCGAGGUGGAGUUCCUGGCCGAGAAGGAGAUGGUCACCAUCAUCCCCAAUUUCAGCCUGGAUAAGAUCUACCUCAUAGGGGGAGAUCUGGGACCUUUUAAUCCUGGCUUACCUGUGGAAGUACCUCUCUGGCUGGCAAUGAACCUAAAACAGAGACAGAAGUGCCGGCUGAUUCCUCCUGAAUGGAUGGAUGUUGAAAAAUUGGAGGAGAUACGAGAUCGAGAGAGAAAGGAGGAAACGUUCACCCCAAUGCCUAGUCCUUACUACAUGGAACUGACCAAAUUGUUGUUAAAUCAUGCUUCGGAUAACAUCCCCAAGGCAGAUGAGAUCCGGACCCUGAUUAAAGAUGUGUGGGAUACUCGAAUAGCUAAACUCCGGGUAUCAGCAGACAGUUUUGUCAAACAGCAAGAAGCACAUGCCAAGCUGGAUAAUCUAACCUUGAUGGAGAUCAACACGACUGGAGCAUUCCUCACAGAAGCCCUAAAUCAUAUGUACAAACUCCGUACAAACCUCCAUCCUGCAGAGAGUGCUCAGUCUCAGGACUUUUAAAGGAAAAUGUAGGGAUCCCUCUGAAGUUCUGUAAGCCUGAGGAUAGACAGUGAAAAGGAAGCUAGUUUGGUACCUUGCCCACUUUUCAGGAAUGAACUUCCUGUAGUUGGGAAGUCCUCACAAUGUCAGAAGCCAAUGUAGAUGCCAAAGGGCAG